CAUGCAUUCUCUUGGCGCUCGUAAAAAUCAUUUAGUUCGGUGCGAGAGCUCCACUACGUAAAAACUGUUUCCUCAAGCUCAACGCUAAUCGCGAGCAACUGAGUCACUGCGGUGGUAUAAUGGUAGCGCGCUGCGAAAUAAAAUUCAAAGGCAAUCCCCUCGGUAUCUACCACGCCGGGCAAACAUUGUCCGGAAAGGUGGAGCUCCAUCUCGAUAAAGCAAUAUCUGUCAAUGGAUUCUACUUGAUCAUAUCCGGCUGUGCUGAAAUUGUAUGGUUCGAAAAUGAUAGCGAAGAUAAAAGAGAUACAUACAGAGGACAAGAGGAACUUCUGCAAGCAAAAGUUGCUUUGGUUGCCCCAAGCUCUGGAGGCGUAAUUGAGAUACCGGUAGGUACUCAUGUGUACAAGUUCCGCUGUGCACUUCCAGUGCAUUUGCCUACUUCGUUCGAGGGGAACUACGGAAAGAUUCGCUACACUGUUUGCGCUAUCUUGGAUCGACCGUGGAAGUUCAACCAAACAUGUAAGGUGGCGUUCACCGUGUUGAAGCUAGUAGAUCUCAAUCGGGAUCCUAUGCUGAGGCAACCGAAGCGUACAGAUGUAUCCAAAACAUUCUGUUGUUGGCCGUGCAAAUCACGUCCACUGUUGAUUACGGUAGAAAUACCGGCUUCGGGUUACGUUCCAGGACAGAAAAUCCCAAUCACAAAUACGUUGAAUAACGCUAGUAGUGUUGCCAUGCACGGCGUCCAAAGUAGUCUCGAUAGAACAGAGUGCUACCGCAGCGAAACACCGUGCGAGAAGACUAAAGUAAUAAGCAAAACUUUUGCAAGCGUGUCCACAGCGAUUAACAAUGACGUAUUUUCGCGAUUGCAACAACAGCUGGACAUUCCAUCCAUUGCACCCACCGGCAAUUGUAGCGUUCUGACCAUCGAUUACGAACUGAACGUAACAAUAACAAGUCGAUAG